AUGAUUCCCAAAUUCUCCGUCAUCACAAUGGAGAACAACCACCACUCCUCCUUCUACAAACCUCCUCCCUCCGCCUGCAAGGUCACACUCAUGUGCAGCUACGGCGGCAAAUUCCACCCCCGCCACCACGACAACCUCAUCACCUACGUCGAAGGUGAACACAAAAUCCUCUGCGUCGAGCGCUUCAUCAAGCUCUCCGCCUUGGUCGCCAAGCUCACUUCCCUCACCGGCGGAACUGACUUCUCCGUCAAGUACCAACUCCCCGACGAUGAUCUCGACAACCUUGUCUCCGUCAUCAACGACGAGGACCUCCAUCACAUGAUGGUCGAGUACGAUCGCCUCUCUCGCCGCACUUCACCAAAACCCGCGAGAUUGAGGCUCUUCCUCUUCCCCCUCAACAACAACUACAACAGCGACAGCGCUUCUUCCUGUUCUUGCUCCUCUUCUGCUCCUUCCACCGCCACCACUGAACUGAAGCAGCGGUUCGAGGAAGCUUCUGCUCCUCCCGCUCCGCUUCCUCCGCCGCCGUCGGCGAAUCCAGAUUUUCUGUUUGGGUUGGAUGAUGCGGCGGCAGUUUCGGAAUGUGGGAACGAAGCAGUUAGGGAGCAACAGAUUCAGGAAUGGAGCGAGCAGUUGCUUCACCGGAAAAACGAUGAUGCGGCGGCGCCGUUGAUCACACAUGCAACUACGCCGAGAACUGACCCGGGUCCGGUUUACCUCAUUCAAACACCGUGUGGGAUCCGGUAUAGCUUGUCCUGGCUUUUUGAGACAAGGUUAAUUUGUCCCAUACAUGACAUUUUGUAG